AGACAGGAUCACAGCUGAAGUAUGCUCCAGCACUAAAGUCCUUUGUCUCACUCGGCCACCCAGAUUGAGCGGUGGGACCCAGACAUGGACCCGCUAAUGGAGGUCCCCUUUAUGGAGGAUGAAGGACUGUCCAUGAAAAGGACAGGGGUCUACCUCUCUGUCUCUUUUUAAAGAACCUCUCCAAGACCCUGACUCGGAUGUGUACGCCAAGUUUUUCUUGAGUCACUGCUGCUAUGAUGCCAUUCCUACAAGUUCCAAACUGGUGAUCUUUGACACAACACUGCAGGUAAAGAAAGCAUUCUUUGCACUGGUUGCAAAUGGUGUGAGAGCAGCACCUUUAUGGGACAACAAGUUGCAGCGUUUUGUAGGGAUGCUCACCAUUACAGACUUUAUCAACAUUCUCCAUCGUUACUACAGAUCUCCUAUGGUACAAAUCUAUGAGCUGGAGGAACACAAGAUUGAAACGUGGAGAGAGGUCUAUCUAGAGUAUUCUCUCAACUCGCUGAUAAGCAUCACACCUGACUCCAGCCUCUUUGAAGCCAUCUAUUCUUUACUGAAGAACAAGAUUCACCGGCUGCCCGUCAUAGAUCCAGAAUCGGGGAACGUCCUCCACAUACUGACCCAUAAACGCAUCCUCAAGUUCCUGCACAUCUUUGGCUCUAUGAUCCCAAAGCCACGAUUCUUACAAAAGCGAAUUGAGGAAGUGGAUAUUGGAACUUUCAAGAGUAUUGCGACUGUCAGGGAGACAGAAACCGUUUAUGAUGCUUUAUCGAUAUUUGUAGAACGACGGGUCUCAGCCCUGCCUGUUGUCAAUGAGAAAGGGAAAGUGGUGGCACUUUACUCCAGGUUUGAUGUCAUUAACUUGGCUGCACAGAAAAACUACAACAACCUGAACAUGAAGAUGCAAGAGGCCAUUCAGGGCCGUUCGGGCUGUAUUGAGGGGGUUCUGAAGUGCUACCCUUAUGAAACACUCGAAACCAUCAUUGAUCGCAUCGCUGAGGCAGAGGUUCACCGUCUUGUGCUUGUGGACAAAGAGGAUGUGGUGAGGGGAAUCGUCUCGCUCUCUGAUUUGCUGCAGGCACUAGUCUUGACUCCUGCAGGCGUGGAUGCACUUUUCUCCUAAUACCAGUGGAGGGCUCCCCUCUCCAUAACCGUCUUAAUUUAAAUCCCUCCCCAUACCAGAAAUGAAUCGCAAACCAUGAGACUUGAAGAUUAAAAUUGUAAAUAUUUUUAAUUGCACUUUGGAAUUGUAUGUAUCAUUUAAAACAUGUCUAAUCUUAUUUUGCAAUUUUACAUGUAUAUUAUAAUAAUUUAUCAAACAAUUAUCACGUAAUAAUUUAAUUGUGUUAUUCCUUAGUCAGAAUACACUAAAGCCAUUUUGUUACGUAUUUAAUAAUGCCAAACCCUUUGUGCAAAAAAUCUGUAAAUUUGUUAUAAAGCCAUUUGACUCCUGAUCCUCACAUUGUAAAUAAACUGAUAAUGCUGAUAAAAUUAA